AUAUAUGUAUAUUAAAGAGUUUCUGGAUCUAAAAACCUCAGUCUCUAAGAAGAAGAGGCUGUGUAUCAAGCUGAUACCAAUGGGUGUGGCAGAAACAGCUGUGUGUGAUGUCAUGCUAAGUAGCAAGAGCAAAGUGAUCCCAAAUUACAUACGCAUUGGGGAAAUAAGUGGUUUUGCCCUUUGGUAUAAAAAGGAACACAUAAACAAGCCUAAACCCCUUCCCAAACCAAGGAGCAUCAGUCUAGAAAUGAACCAGCUUUCAUUAGAAACAGCAAAUGUAGACUCUUUAUCUAUUGGUUCCAAAAGGCAAACUACCAUUAAGAAAAAUGAAUCUAUAUAUGAUACGUCAAAUGCCUAUGGUAUUUCAGCCAUAGAUGGGGUCCCUUUUACUCUGCAUCCUAAGUUUGAGAACAAUGUCACUCGUGGUGCCACUGCACUUUCUAUAUUUAAAAACUUCCACAUCAAAUCUCUUGCUGACAUUGAGAAAGAGUAUCACUACAGUUUUGUAGUUGAAAGAACUGCAGCUGCGAGACUCCCACCCACCAUUUCAUAGCAUCCGUUAUUUCCUUGAGAGUUCUUGCCACUAGGGGCUUACGGGUGGUCAAGCUGACUCAACUAAGCUGAUGGAAGUGCCUGCCUCAAAGGGAUUGUGCUGUUGGG